GUCCCGCUAGAUUUAUCAUUCAGACUGAAUAAACUUCAGAUGAGUAGCCCACUACUACGAGGACGCACGAGCUGGGCGGAGAAUCCGCGCCAAUUCAACAUGAUCUCUUCAGACAGCAACAGCUGACUUCAGUUAGAGGUGCCAACAAACACAGAGAUGAUGUCAAGCUCAGACUGUUGGGAGUGAGUUGACUUCAUAAGCUGCAGCAGACGACAGAAUGCUUCCCGUUUCUGUAGAGCAAAACACAUCAGCACAUCCUCAAGAUUACAUCGGUUUGUUAGGUCAUGGUCACAGCCCAUUUAAAUGCUUUUGAAGAAGAUGUACCAGAAUAGUUUCACAUCCACCUCAUUUCCUGUGAGUGGUAAUACCACAAGAACCAUUUAAAGGGGUAGGUCACCCAAAAAAUGAAAAUAGUCUCAUCACUUUGUGAGAUUGUAUUAUUCUGUUCAAAACAAAAGAAGAUAUUUGAUAACUUAUGAUAUGCACAUAGUUGACGGUACUCAUUGACUUCCAUAGUACAGGGCUCCAGACUAACUUUUUUCACUAGGAGCACAGUGGCCCCAACUGAAAAUUUUAGGGGCGCAACCAGAAAAUUUAGGGGCACACACUGUUAAUCAACAUGCUAUCCAAAUAUUCACAUUUCUACUAAUUUCCACUGUAUUACUAAUAAAAACUUUAAUGAUAGAUACAGAAAUUACAAUGUGCUGUUUUCAAAUUCAGUGUCAUAUCACAAAAAAAAUGUCAAAUUUACUGGUCGCACAUGUGCAACUGGAUGUAAAAUUCAGUGGCACACUCUCAAAUUUUGGUGGCAGUCUGAACAAAUACUAUGGAAGUCAAUAUUUUAACAACUGACUGUGCAUGCUUUUUGAAUUGGUCAUUCUUAAUAUUAUUAAUUAUUAUCUUAGAGGUCGGAUUUAUUUAUUAUAAUAUUUUGUAUACAUUAAUUAUAGGGAUGAUAGUUGUUGCUGUUGUUCUGGACUAAUGUUUUGAAACUGAAGCAACAGUGGGUGCUUAAAAGUCUUUAAACCAAAACUAUAUUUACUAUACGAGUCUGAGACUGGCACUCUAAUACUGUGUUUAUUUUUAUACACAUUGUUUCCUAAAAAAAGAAGAUGACUAAUGAACUAAUAGGAUUGGAGACUUUAUUACAUGAGGCAUGAAAGCAAUAGAGAGAGAGAGAGAGAGAGAGAGAGAGAGAGAGAGAGAGAGGAGGGUUUGGAAUAAAAAGGCAUUGAAGAUGAAGUGGGAAACAAGCUACAGAACCCACAACAACAACUACAGAACAACACAAGUAUAAAGGACAACCUGCCACAACCAGACGCAGAAAGCUUUGGGUGAAUAUCCAACACCAUGGCUAAGAUCUAUAAGAAGACUAGUGGCAAUGGUUCAGUGAGACUCUUCACUUUUACAUGUCAUAUCUUUUAAAAGCACUUACAGAUGUCUGUCAUCCCAGUUGUCUUUUUUUACAGCUUUGCCUUUAUUUGGGAAGGAGAGACUUUGUGGAUCAUGUGGAAUUUGUUGAUUCAAUCGAUGGGGUGCUCAAGAUCGACCCUUCAAAUCUGAAUGGAAGACAAGUCUGGGUACAGCUUGCAUGUACCUUCCACUAUGGAAGAGAGAAUCUUGAUGUGAUUGGAGUUUCCUUUAGGAAAGACAUCUGGGUAAAGCGCAUUCAGAUGUAUCCACCUCCAACAAACAAGCCACCCAACACUACACCAAUGCAGGACGUCCUUUUAAAGAAAGCUGGGGACCAAGGACACCCCUUCACUUUUGAUAUUCCACUUCAUCUUCCAUGCUCAGUUUCCCUUCAACCAGCACCAGAGGAUGUUGGCAAGCCUUGUGGGGUUGCCUAUGAAAUAAAAGCCUAUAUUGCAAAUGAAGCAGAUAAUCUGAAUGAGAAAAUUGGAAAGAAAGACACUUGUCGCUUGACCAUCCGUAAAAUCCAGUAUGCACCGGAGACGCUAGCAGCUGGACCCAAGGCUGAUCUCAAUAAACACUUUAUAACAGUGGACAAACCAAUUCACUUAGAAGCCUCCAUAGAGAAGGAGCUCUACUACCAUGGAGAUCCGAUUCCUGUCAAAGUCAAAGUAAAUAAUGAGACCAGUAAAGUAGUGAAGAAAAUCAAAAUCACUAUUUACCAAAUUACAGACGUUGUGCUUUACUCAGCGGACAAAUACUACAAAUGUGUCCUGGACGAAGAAUUUGGGGACCAGGUGAAUGGUAAUUCUACCUUUGAAAAGGAAUACAAAGUCAAUCUAUUGCUGGCUAAAAACAAAAAGAAAUUUGGUCUUGCACUGGAUGGCAAACUGAAGGAUGAAGACACCAACCUGGCUUCUUCAACACUUCUACUACCAGAUAUGGAUAUGAAUAAGGAAAUGCGAGGUAUCAUGGUUUCCUACAAAAUUAAGGUAACCCUGAUGAUGGGAGGUGGACUCCUGGGAAGUCUCACAACAAGUAACAUUACUGCUGAGCUCCCUCUGGUGCUCAUGUCACCCAAACCAGCAGGUCUGAUAUAAAUCUUGAGUAAAUUCUACAGCAACUGAAGAUAAGGAAUAAAUAAGGAUGAGAGACACACAAGAACAGAUGUCAAUUUGUUGAACAACCUUGUUUCAUGAGCCAGAUGUCAUUGAUUCCUCUUUAUUGCAAAUACAUGUGUAACAGGAAUUACUUGUGUUAUGGAAAAAAACUAGCUAAAAGGCCUUUGAAAAGUAAUCACUAAUAAAUGUUAUACUGUACCUCUGCCUUUAUAAUGGGAACUCAGUUUAAAGUGGUUUAGCAUCUUGAAAAUGUUUAUUUUAAAUUUGUGAUUAUAAACAUACACUCUGGGACAGUUUCCAGACAAGUUUUAGAUUAAUGCAAGACUAGCCCUUAGUUAUAUUUGGACGUUUAAGUAGUUUUUACAAACAUACCUUACAAAAAACAAUACUGGUGUGCAUCUUGAAACAAAACAAUGGCACUGAUAUAUGUUAAGAUAAGCAUUUUAGUCCGGGACUAUGAUAAGCCCUGUCGGGAAACCACCCGUAUAGGGACAAAAGUAUUGGUAUGCCCUAUUCUAAUACAGAUGUUUAUCAAGUAGAGUAAUUUCAAUAAAAACAAAUUUGUUUCAUUAUGUUUCCUUCUUUGUUGCAACCGUUUUGAAAAUGCCUUUUUGUUUGAAAUGAAUGUAGAUGUGUCAGAGUCAUUGAUGGGUUUUGGGUGACGAAGAGUGUUUGACUCAAAGCCUGCAAGUCAUACCAAAGGUGUUUAACUAGUUUUAGGUCUGGGCUUUAUGCAAACGGGUCAAAUUCUUCCACUGAAUCAUUGCUUUGUGCACAGUGGCAUUGUCAUGUUUAAAUUGAAAAGGGCACUGCCCAAACUACUCUGUAAAAUACCAUUACAUGAAAUGACUAAGGAGUCAGACCUGUUCAUUAGUAGUACUU